AUGACUUUCAACUUUUCUAUUCCCAUUAAGACAUACUCAAAGUAUGAAGGUACAAUAGUUGUUCCGUUUGGAUUUAACACCCCAUCAAUACAAUUAGAUAACCAGAAGUGGCGUCAUUUUAAUCGUAAUUAUCAAAUAACUUUCAAUCUUCAAAUCAUUCAAAAGAAUAUAAUAUCAAUUAAAACAAUGAUGGGGGAAACUACUGUAUUAGAUGACAUUACGAUUACCAUUGGUGAUCAGAAUGACCAUAUUAGAUGCUCUUCCAGAUGUCCUUCUUUGUCUUGUAAAUACUUAAAACAAGAAAACGGAAUUCAAGUAUUGAAAAGGUUUCAAUUGGAAUUUAACAAUAGUAUAGAAUUUACAUCUGUAAAAAAAUCAUUACAAGCAAUAACAAUUAAUAUUAAAGAAUAUCAUCCAACUGGCACACAACCAAUCUUCAAUAAUAAUAAUAAUAAUAAUAAUAAUAAUAAUAGCUUUAGUCAAUAUCAUGUCGACAACCCAUCGACCACUCAACUAAGUGGAACGCGCAAUACUAUUUGUAAUAAUGAUUAUGCCAGGAACGAUUCUCUCAUGGAUCCGGAUCCUUCAUUAAUUAAUAGUCAGAUUGAAGCCCCUAUAUUUUACAAAAACAAUGCUGAUGGAAUUAGAAAUAAGGGUCUCACGAAUGUCUCCAGUCUUGUCCAAAAUAAACUUCCAUCCAUAGAUUUCCUUAUUCAACAUACUACAGAACCAAUAAUGGAUUUAAUGACACCAUUAAAUAAUAAUUUAUCACUGAAAGAGAAUGAUGUGUCCGAAAAGAAAUUGUGUUAUUCCCAAAUUGGAACUAGGACAGAUUGUAGGACCACUUCAAAUUCUCAACACUUCAACAGUAUAUUGCAUCAUGACAAGAAUGUACCUCAAAUUUCAAAAUCCCAGCUACCUACAAAUCAUAAUCUAUCCAUACCGGAUAAAAAUUCUAGUGAUGUAAUAAUUUCACCUAUUAAAGGUAUGUCGCAUGCUUCUCUUGAGAAUGUUGACUCACAUACCGUGCUACCCUCAAAUUCCCAAAAAUUGGAAAUAUUACAGGAUGUUCAAACAAUCAAAGUUACAAGUCCACUUGAAAUAUCAGAAGAUACCAAAACAACGACUAUACAAGAGACUGAAAAUUCGGAAUGUAACUAUACAAUACCGAAACCAAAUUCAGAAAUGAAGAAUGUUUUACAUUCCUCAAAGAAGUCCAGGAAGAAAAGGAUCAAGAUAUCUAAAAAAGUCAUAAAAGAAAAACUAAAUGACAAAAAGUUUAUGAAAUGGGUAUGUUUUCCUUCAGUAUCUAAAUUUUAG